AUGAAUUUUUCAAGAAAAUUAUUUAAAAAUAUACCAAUUCCAAAAUUUACACAAAAUCGUCUCAAUCGAAGAAAUAAUAUGGCAGAACAAGAUCGUGCUAUUUUUUAUUAUACUAAUUUAAUUUCUAUUAUUAUUACAACAUUACCAAUUGCAUAUUUAUUCAAAAAAAAUUAUUGGAGUAGUGAAGAUCAAAUGAAAUUAGAUCAUGUUUUAAGUACUUUAGGUGCAGCAAGAAUUGUACUGGAAUUUUCCUCCGUAACGGAGCUUGCUACAAUAGUACCAGUAGUUCCUUUAGGAGUAAUAUUAGUAGUACUAUCCUUAUUAGUCUUAAUUACAGUAGUCCUUAAGUACUCCUUAAGUAGUUAA